UCUCCUCCCCUCUCCUUCACUCAGGCACUUCCAGCUGGUGGUGUAACACUGCCUCCCAGUCUCAGCUGCCUCUCUCUCUCUCUCCUUCCUACUCGAUCUCUCUCUGCCCUACCUACUUCCCUUCCUCUCAUUCCAUUGCCUGUCCUGUGUGAGGGAUGCUGCGUUGGGAGAAGGGAAUGUGAUGGGUAGUGGUUCAGGUAGGGCCAGGAGCCACGUGAAGACAUCAGCAGGCGAGAGGAGAGAGAGAGCUGAUUCUGUUUCUCUCGAGACUGAUCUGGCCGUCUGUCUGCUGCCAGACUCCAUCUUCCUCCUGGAUACUACAACACUGGAUCACACCACUCAGGGAGGAGCAGCUUGGUCUGUUUUAUUUUCCCUGCUAUCUAGCUAGCUAGCGUUACUACCUCUGCUGCUGUCCUGAGAGAGAGCAUCAUCAUCACACCAUCACCACCCAGCCCUCCUCCCUGAUACGACAGGAGCUGCUUCCAGACCUGGUAGGAUACUAUACUACAGACAGGAGCUGCUUCCAGACCUGGUAGGAUACUAUACUACAGAGAGGAGCUGCUUCCAGACCUGGUAGGAUACUAUACUAUAGAGAGGAGCUGCUUCCAGACCUGGUAGGAUACUAUACUACAGACACGAGCUGCUUCCAGACCUGGUAGGUCCCUCCUGCUCUAUAAGGAUAUCAGCCAGCCCCUCAGCACCAUGGCUCAGGCUGCAUCUCAGAUCAAGAAGAGAGCGAUUGUGGACACCUCCGUUGAGGACGAGAAGCUUAAGAAGAGGAAGAUCAGACAAGCCCAACGGCAGCUGAAGAAAAAGAUUGACAGUAAUGCCAGCUACUUGAGAGCAGCCCGGGCAGGGAACCUAGAGAAGGCUUUGGAUUACCUGAAGACUGGGGUCGAAAUCAACAUCUGUAACCAGAAUGGCCUCAACGCCCUCCAUCUGGCCUCUAAAGAGGGCCAUGCCGAGGUGGUCACAAAACUCAUCAAGCUGGGAGCCAAUGUGGACGCUGCAACUAAGAAAGGGAACACAGCUCUCCACAUAGCGUCUCUGGCUGGUCAGGUGGAUGUAGUGAAGGAGCUGGUGACCAGCGGAGCUAACAUCAACGCACAAUCUCAGAAUGGCUUCACUCCUCUGUACAUGGCUGCUCAGGAGAAUCAUCAGAAGGUGGUCAGAUACCUGCUGGACCACGGCUCCACACAGGGCAUCGCUACAGAGGAUGGCUUCACCCCCCUGGCGGUGGCGUUGCAGCAGGGACAUGAACAGGUGGUCUCUCUGCUCCUGGAGAAUGACACUAAAGGGAAGGUCCGGCUCCCGGCGCUCCACAUCGCCGCGCGCAAGGACGAUACCAAGGCUGUUGCACUGCUGCUCCAGAUCGACCACAACGCAGAUGUCGAGUCCAAGAUGAUGGUGAAUAGGACCACAGAGAGUGGCUUUACUCCGCUGCACAUUGCUGCUCACUACGGCAACAUCAACGUGGCAACGCUCCUCCUCAACCGCGGCGCGUCCGUGGACUUCAAGGCCAGGAAUGACAUCACGCCGCUGCAUGUGGCUUCUAAGAGAGGGAACGGCAACAUGGUAAAAGUUCUGCUGGAGAGGGGAGGCAAGAUAGACGCCAGGACUAAGGACGGUCUGACCCCUCUCCACUGUGGCGCCAGGAGCGGACAUGAACAGGUGCUGGAGAUGCUGCUAGACAGAGGAGCUCCCAUUCUGUCCAAAACUAAGAACGGUCUGUCUCCCCUCCACAUGGCCACCCAGGGGGACCAUCUGAACUGUGUUCAGCUCCUGCUACACCACGAGGUUCCUGUUGAUGACGUCACCAACGACUACCUGACGGCCCUGCAUGUCGCCGCCCACUGCGGACACUACAAGGUCGCCAAGGUCAUUGUGGACAAGAAGGCCAAUCCCAAUGCUAAAGCACUGAAUGGUUUCACUCCGCUCCACAUCGCCUGCAAGAAGAACAGAAUCAAAGUGAUGGAACUGCUGCUGAAACACGGAGCGUCCAUACAGGCAGUGACCGAGUCGGGUCUCACUCCGAUCCAUGUGGCGGCUUUCAUGGGACACGAUAACAUCGUCACUCAGCUGACGAAUCACGGAGCUUCGCCAAACACAACUAAUGUGAGGGGAGAAACGGCGCUCCACAUGGCAGCGAGGGCCGGCCAGGCUAACGUGGUCAAAUACCUGGUUCAGAGCGGAGCCAGAGUGGAGGUCAAGGCCAAGGACAACCAGACCCCGCUCCACAUCUCCAGUCGUCUGGGGAAGCCUGACAUCGUGCUGUAUCUGCUGCAGAAUGGCGCGUGUCCUGACGCCACUACCACCUCUGGCUACACCCCCCUACACCUGGCUGCCAAAGAGGGACACAGGGACGUCACCUCAGUCCUCCUUGACCAGGGGGCUUCUUCCGACAUCACUACCAAGAAGGGCUUCACUCCCCUCCAUGUUGCAGCUAAGUAUGGGAAGAUAGAAGUGGCCAACCUUCUGCUGCAGAGACACACUGCGCCUGAUGCAGCUGGGAAGAGCGGUCUAACUCCUCUACAUGUAGCUGCUCACUAUGAUAACCAGAAAGUGGCUCUGCUGCUGCUGGACCAGGGAGCUUCACCGCACGCUGCUGCCAAGAAUGGCUAUACUCCUCUCCACAUCGCGGCUAAGAAGAACCAGAUGGAGAUCGCCACGACGCUGCUGGAGUACGGAGCCGACACCAACGCUAUGACACGGCAGGGCAUCACACCGCUGCACCUGGCCUCUCAGGAGGGCAACGUAGACAUCGUUACCCUGCUACUGGCCAGGGACGCCACCAUCAGCUUGGGCAACAAGAGUGGUCUGACUCCUCUCCACCUGGCAGCUCAGGACGACAAGGUCAACGUAGCUGAGGUGCUGGUUAACCAGGGGGCCACGGUUGACCCAGAGACUAAGAUGGGAUACACUCCGCUGCACGUGGCGUGUCACUAUGGAAACGUGAAGAUGGUCAACUUCCUGCUAAAGAACCAGGCCAAGAUCAACGCCAAAACCAAGAACGGAUACACCCCCCUCCAUCAGGCGGCCCAGCAAGGCCACACCCACAUCAUCAACCUACUGCUGCAGCACGGAGCCUCUCCCAACCAAGUCACUGUGAAUGGUAACACAGCCCUGUCCAUAGCCAGGAGGCUGGGGUACAUCUCUGUAGUGGAUACUCUGAAGGUCGUCACUGAGGAAACACAGACCACUCUGGUGAGACCAGGAGAUACUGUUCUUAUUACGACGGUGACCGAGAAACAUAAGAUGAACGUUCCAGAAACCAUGAACGAGGUUCUGGACAUGUCAGAUGAUGAGGUUGUCAAAGCCAAUGUACCUGAAAUGCUCAAUGAAGACUAUUUAUCUGAAGAAGGUGAGGAUGCGAUGACAGGCGACACGGAUAAAUACCUGGGACCCCAGGACCUGAAAGAGCUGGGAGACGACUCUCUGCCUCAGGAGGGAUACAUGGGCUUUAGCAUCGGAGCACGCAGCGCCAGCCCCAAGGUCUGCAGUCUGCGGUCCUUCAGUUCGGAUAGGUCCAACACCCUGAACAGGACCUCUUACACCAGAGACAGCAUGAUGAUCGAAGAGAUACUGGCUCCUACCAAGGAUAUGAACCUGGUGCUGGCCAGCAGAGACUCUGACUCUCUGAGACACUACAGCUGGACUGCUGACACCUUGGACAACAUCAACAUGGUCUCCAGCCCCAUCCACUCUGGCUCUUCCUCUCCUCUACCUCAGUAUGACUCCAGGUUCCUGGUCAGUUUCAUGGUGGACGCACGCGGCGGCUCCAUGCGGGGGAGUCGUCAUAACGGAAUGCGCAUCAUCAUCCCACCCAGGAAGUGCACGGCUCCGACACGCAUCACCUGCCGCCUGGCGAAGAGGCACAGGCUGGCCACGCCCCCACCGAUGGUGGAUGGAGAGGGGUUGGCCAGCAGGCUGGUGGAGGUGGGGCCUGCUGGAGCUCAGUUCCUGGGUAAACUGCACCUUCCUAGAAAGCUCCCAUGUCUAGACGAUGGAGAGAUGUUGGUUAGCCGAGUCCUGCAGCUGGGGCCACCAGGAACUAAGUUUAUUGGCCCUGUGAUCGUGGAGAUCCCCCAUUUUGGUUCUAUGAGGGGGAAGGAGAGGGAGCUGAUCAUGCUGAGGAGUGAGAACGGAGAGACCUGGAAGGAACAUCAGUACGACUGCAAGACAGAUGACCUCAAUGAGCUGCUCAACGGCAUGGAUGAAGAGCUGGACAGUGCCGAGGUCCUGGAGAAGAAGCGUAUCUGUCGUAUCAUCACCAAGGAUUUCCCACAGUACUUUGCGGUGGUGUCUCGUAUCAGACAGGAGAGCAGCCAGAUGGGCCCUGAGGGAGGAGUCCUCUCCAGCCUGACACUCCCAUUGGUCCAGGCCUCCUUCCCCGAGGGGGCGCUCACCAAGAAGAUACGCGUGGGACUGCAGGCCCAGCCGGCUCCUGAUGACAUGGUGAAGAAGAUCCUUGGUAACCGGGCGACAUUCAGCCCCAUAGUGACGGUGGAACCUCGACGCAGGAAGUUCCACAAACCCAUUACCAUGACGAUCCCGGUCCCGCCCUUGUCUGGGGAGGGAGUUAGCAACGGCUACAAGGGAGACUCCACCCCCUGCCUGAGGUUGCUAUGCAGCAUCACUGGCGGAACCUCUCCUGCCCAAUGGGAGGACAUCACUGGGACCACACCCCUAACCUUCGUCAACGACUGUGUCUCCUUCACCACCAAUGUCUCUGCCAGGUUCUGGCUUGCUGACUGCCACCAGAUCCCAGAGACUGUAGGCCUGGCCACCCAGCUGUACAGAGAGCUCAUCUGUGUUCCUUACAUGGCCAAGUUCGUGGUGUUCGCCAAGAUGAACGACCCUAUGGAGUCCCGCCUGCGCUGCUUCUGUAUGACAGACGACAAGGUGGACAAAACCCUGGAACAGCAGGAGAACUUUGAGGAGGUGGCCAGGAGCAAAGACAUCGAGGUUCUGGAGGGGAGGCCCAUCUAUGUGGACUGCUAUGGUAACUUAGCUCCUCUGACCAAGGCUGGACAGCUACUGGUGCUCAACUUCUACGCAUUCAAAGAGAACCGGCUUCCUUUCUGUGUGAAGGUCCGAGACAACAGCCAGGAGCCGUGUGGCCGUCUGACAUUCCUGAAGGAGACCACUAAGACCUCUAAGGGUCUCCCCCAGACGGCCGUGUGUAACCUGAACAUUACCCUCCCUGCGCUGAAGAAGGAAAUGGAGGCAGACCCAGAUGAAGAGACUGAAAAGCCAGAACGACGUCACCCCUUUACGUCUCUAGCCUUACGUAAGCGUUACAGCUAUCUCGCCGAGCCCGCCACGAAGACAGUUGAGCGAAGCACAGGAAGAACACUGCCUGCUGGUUACACUCACAAACCUGUCUUUUCAACAAGAUCUUACCAGGCAUGGUCGGCUGCGCCUCUUCCCAACACUGUCCAAGCAAGGUGUGGACUGGGCUCCCUCUCCGGCUCACCGUCCGACACACCAUCUGCAUCGCCACUAAAGUCUGCCUGGUUGCUCUCCUCCGCAUCGCCAAUCAAAUCCACCCUCGGAGCCUCACCGUCACAUUCAGUCAAGUCCUCUGGCGACAUCGCUUCUUUACCUGUCAGAUCCUAUAGAACUAUGGCCUCCCCUAUUAAGACUGUUGUACAGCAGGCCCAGUACCCGGUCCAGGUCUCUGCCAGUCUGGUGUCCUCUUCCUCUAAACCUGGAGCAGAUCCUGUCUUCAUUAAAGGACUAUCCACCCCAUUUUCUUCCAGGACCACCCCAGCCUCUAAUUUACCCUUCAAAUCAGUCCUGUCGUCUUCAACCUCCUCCCCUGUCAGAACCAUCGCUGGCCUGUCCUCCUCAUCCUCCUCCCCUGUCAGAACCAUCGCUGGCCUGUCCUCCUCAACCUCCUCCCCUGUCAGAACCAUCGCUGGCCUGUCCUCUUCAUCCUCCUCCCCUGUCAGAACCAACGCUGGCCUGUCCUCUUCAUCCUCGUCCCCUGUCAGAACCAUCGCUGGUCUGUCCAUUACUUCAGCUACGUCUAAGGGGAAGCCCCUCCCCUCUCUGUCCUCACCAGCCCACUCCUCAGAAGCCUCUAAGGGGAAGCCCCUCCCCUCUCUGUCCUCACCAGCCCACUCCUCAGAAGCCUCUGCUAUGGUGAAUGGAUUAGUUUCUCCCAUGAAGUACGCCUCUUCUUCUCAGUCCUCCUCCCCGUCUCCCUCCUCCCCCUGCUCCUGUUUGCUCUCUGAUAGGUCUAGCAGUCUGCAGGAGAGGAUACAGACCACCACUCACGCCGCCACUUCCAGUGUCAGUGCAGCUAUAAAUGAGGCUGAAAGGACAUUUAACUCUUCAGGGUACGGAACACUCAAAUCAGUGUCCUCACGUAGAUCUAACACCUCAACUUCAGUCUACGGCUCUACGAGGUCUCAAACCUCUUCCACCACCUCAGCAACAUCCAAUACAAUGACGGUACCUGUAUACUCUUUUCUCAGUGUUGCGAACGAGUCCCAAAUAAAAAAAGGGCCUGGGUCGCUGAAGAUGUCGCCUGCAGACUCUCGCAGGUCAAAGACGGCAGUGAAGUCCCCUCCUUACAUCACCCCUCCAGGGCUCACUCUAACCCCGCCCUCCUCCCUAUCCUCCAAUCAGGACAUCCUGAAAGACGUGGCCGAUAUGAAGGAGGACCUGAUCAGGAUGACGGCCAUCUUGCAGACUGACCCCAGAACAGCCAGGAACGUUCAGUCUCAGACCCCUAAAGAGCCUAAGAUGGAGGAUGAGGAGCCCUUCACCAUAGUAGAGAAAGUGAAGGAGGAUCUAGUUAAAGUCAGUGAGAUACUGACCAAGGAUGUGGUGAGUGAUAGUCAAGCCUGUAGAGGGAAGCCCUCCGAGGAGGAGUGGGAGGAGUUCUCUAAAGAUGAGUUAGACGAAGCCCAGCAAAGUGCUAAGGAAUUCUUUCACCCUCCGUUUGACGCUAACACACUCUCCUUUAGGCCCCGGUCUAUGCCCAGUAAAGAGUUGAAUUUAGCCACGGUUGUUGACUACCUGGCCAAUGAGAUAGGUGCUAGUUCUCUUUCUAAGAUGGCCGAGAUGAAGAGCAGAUAUGAGGAGGCAAAAAGGGAAGGGGAGGACAAACAGAAACUAAAAAAACUCAAGAUGCCUCCCCCAGGCAUGCGUACCUCUGCCUCCGAGAAAGACUUGUGUAAACUAGCAGAGUCCUAUUAUGGACCUGACGCCAUAUUGGAGUCGCCAGAGGACUUAUCUCAUGAGCUGGAUAAGAGCCCUCUGUCAGACAGCGGCUUUGAAACCAGGAGUGAAAAGACUCCUUCAGCCCCCCAAAGUGCAGAGAGCACCGGGCCCAAACCCCCCUUCACUGACCCCAUCCCCCCCUGCAUCACCGAGACUAGGACCGAGGUGGUCCACAUCAGGAGCUACGAGCACCCAGACGAACCCUGUGAGGUGCAGAUGGAGGAGGCAGCCUCAGCAUCGCCGGCCUGCAUUGAACCAGAGGCCUCCGCCGCCUCCAUCAAAGACAAAGUCAAAUCAUUCCAGAUCAAAGUGUCUGAUGACUCCGACUCUGUCGUUAGCAAGACCAUGAGGCUCAAAGAGGAGACACACAUCACCACCACGACGCGCAUGGUUUACCACAAGCCGCAGCUGAAAGACGGCUCGGAGAGGAUCGAGGAGACCAUGUCAGUCAGAGACAUCAUGAAAGCAUUCCAGUCCGGAAGGGACCCCUCCAAAGAACUAGCUGGACUGUUUGAGCACAAGGCUGGCCAGGACUCUGUCAAAGGGGAUGAACUCACCCCCAGGUUCAUUGAUAAUGACACUAAAGCCAAAAGAAUAAUGGAGGUUCACAUAGAAAAAGAGGGAAACACAUUCCAACCAACUGAGGUGAUUAUCAGGGAGACCAAGAAGAUUCCAGACUCUUAUUUCUAUAAAGGAGACAGAAUCCAAGAACUGCCUGAUUACGACGAGGCGCAGCAGGAAGGGGAGGAGCUUACUGCCAAUGACAGCCGGCCCAGCUCCGCUCAGCUCAUGGCCGAUGACUCCUACAAAGCUCUCAAACUGCUCAGCCAGCACUCUGUAGAGUAUCACGAUGACGAGCUCUCUGAACUCAGGGGAGAGUCUUACAGGUUCGCUGAGAAGAUGCUCCGUUCUGAGAAGCUAGACAUAUCCCACUCUGAUACAGAGGACUCUAUGGCUGACCAAACACACCAAAUGACCUCAGAGUCGCAUCGGGCAGAGAGCGAUUACAGUGAGAAAGAGGCCCUGCCCAGGAGAGAGUUCACUUUCAAGUCAUCAAAGGAUACAUCCUCUAAGUCAGGUAAAUGUUCUCAUAAGGAUGACAAGUUUGACAAAGUGACAGUGUUGCAUUACACCACAGAGCCAGGCAGCCCAAAACAUGCAGUGUGGAUGCGUUUCACUGAGGACAAGCUGGACAGGAACAGAGAGAAGCUCAUCUACGAGGACCGCGUGGAUCAAACUGUCAAGGAAGCUGAGGAGAAACUAAGCGAGGUCUCUCAGUUUUUCCGUGACAAAACUGAGAAACUGAACGACGAGCUGCAAUCCCCGGAGAAAAAGCCUCCAAAGAAAGACCCCAGGGAGACCAGGUCUGGGCCCAGCUCCACCUGUAAUAGCCCGGAGAAAACACAGCAGAAAGCCAGGCCAGAGGGGGAGGAGUGGGGCAAGGGAAGGGGGAACAAACUGUUCAGUAGUACGACUGAGAGGAAGACCUCUAGUCUACCCAACAGUCCAGAGAGAGCUGUUCUCUCCCGCUUCAGUGAGGAUACAUCCAAACAGCAGACAAAGGCGGAGGAACGGUCUGAGCCAACCGGGGUUAAAGCCUCCUUCUCUAGAGUGAGCUCUGUUAGGAUGAAGUUUGAAUCAGAGGCUCAGAACCAAGAUAACAGUAGUCCUCAGCUAGUACAGUCCACACCCCCAGUCAGCAGGCUGCAGGAGAACAAGCUGCCAGUCAAUCAACUGUUCACUGGAGGAAAGACAACUAAAGGGUCUGAGGCCACAGAGGAAGGAAGUCCUUUUAAAAAGAUUCCAGAGAAACUCAAAGGACCUGCCUCCAAUAGCAGUAAGUCAGUUGUCUCAUCAGCUGCCCCAAAACAGUCAGGAGACAAACUGACUAAUAAGAACCUACCAUACACCACAGCCCAAAAACACCUAACAGGUCAGACUGAUAAAGAAUCAGAGAAAACAAGUCCAUUGAGCCAGGAGAGUCAGGCCACUGGGAUCAGCCCAUUGAGCCAGGAGAGUCAGGCCACUGGGAUCAGCCCAUUGAGCCAGGAGAGUCAGGCCACUGGGAUCAGUAAGGGUGUAAAGGGACCACCAUCACAUAGUCCUACACAUGACACACCCAAGGAGAACGGUGGGGAAGUUGAAAAAGAACACGUUUCUAUGAGGGAUUCUCCUUCCAAACAUGUCGCAUCAAGUCCCACAACCAAUAGGGUUGCUCAUUCUGAGCCUGUGUCUAAAGACCAUGGGGAGGCACAAAACAAGAAUCUUAGAAGAAAGACAGAGUCCCAGAUCCCAGUCAGGUCUGUGUCUAGUCACUCAGACAGCGACCAGUCAGAGAAAGCAAAACAAGACACGGUAACUAAGCCAUCUGAAAAGACUUCCCAAAUCCCCAUACUAAAUAAGAACAGAAUGCAGGUCAGCCCAGUAACAAGCCCUACAAAGACAAAAGAACUAACAGACACAUCUCUUGAAAUAUUAGAUAAUGCACCAAAAGAUUCUAACUUGAACAAUGUGCGUGACACUUGCACAAGAGAAAUACAAGAGAGAUUAGCACCAGAGAAAACCACCACCAGAGAAAACUUCAAAGGCAUCAAAACAUUACCUGUCUAUGUGAGUGUCCAGGUGGGUAGGCAGGGAGAGAGAGAGGGCAGAGGAGGAGUACUGUACAAACAGAAACAGCCCUCUUCGCCUCAGGCCAGUCCUGACGAUGACACGCUAGAGCAGGUAUCUUUCAUAGACAGCUCAGGGAAGAGUCCCCUCACCCCGGAGACCCCUAGCUCAGAGGAGAUCAGCUAUGACCUCACCUCCAGAACACCAGACUCCAUCCUGGGCUUCACUCCCUUCCAGCCUAGCCCUAUCCCAGAGGUCUCUGAGGACUCCUCAGAGGAGGAGCAGGGCCAGGUAUUUUCCUUCAAGGACUUCAGACCAGAGACACCUAAUGUCACAGCAGCUGACCUUAAGAAUGGAAACCACCAGGCCGGACAGACACCUAAAGACAAAGGAGUAGCAUACAUCCAGUUCCCCCCUCCGCCUCCCCUGGACUCUGAGCAGUCCAGCCCCACGAAGAAGAAGAAGACGGGAUCAUGUGGUUCCUCUGAGGCGGAGAUGAUGGAGGUCAACCUCCAGGAAGAGCAUGAUAAACACCUCCUCACGGAGCCCAUCAUCAGAGUCCAGCCCCCCUCCCCGGUCCCCCCCGGGGCUGACGACAGUGACUCUAGUGACGAUGAGUCCGUCUUCCAGCCCAUCUCCUUUAAGAAAUACACCUUUAAGAUCUCAGAGGAGCAGGAGCAGGAGAUCAAGAAUGGGUCCAAAUCCCCAAAACAGGAUAAAAACAGAAACAACAAAGAGCCAGGAACUAACAGAACUAAUGGAACAUGUGAAGCUGGUAAAACAGAGGAGUACGACUCUGAACAGAAUGGAAAUGACCAGUCCAUAACAGACUGUUCUAUCGCCACGACGGCAGAGUUCUCUCAUGACACUGACGCUACUGAGAUCGACUCCCUGGAUGGGUAUGACAUGCAGGAUGAGGAUGAUGGUCUGUGUGAGAUGGACACUAAACCCUUCAGCCUGCCGGACAGCAGGAAGGACGUGUGGACCUCAGACAGCGUGCUCCGGUCCUGCGACCGCUCCUUCAGUCAGACCAAACUAGAGGCCAUUGAAGAGGAAAAAACCCCGGAGGAGGAAUGCAAAAAGGCUCAAGCUAAAAGUGAUCCGGUUGACAUCAAAACAGAUGGGGCCAGCUCUCAGGACCAGAAGGACAACGAUGGCUUUUCUGAUACCUACUUUAGUUACAAGCUAGAGGAGGCGUUUGACUCUCCGUUUAAAACUGUUGCUACUAAAGGGCUGGACUUUGACCCCUGGUCCAGUGUAGGAGGAGACAAUGAAGUGGUUGACGCCAAAGACGACGAGCCGAAGCCGUUUGGGCUGGCAGCAGACGACAGGUCACAGGCCACGACCCCAGACACGACCCCUGCCAGAACCCCGACCGAUGAUAGCACCACGCCGACUAGCGAGCCAAACCCAUUCCCCUUCCAUGAAGGGAAGAUGUUUGAGAUGACUCGCAGUGGUGCGAUUGACAUGAGCAAGCGGGAUAUUGUUGAAGAAAGACUGCAGUUUUUUCAGAUUGGCCCUCAGAGCCCCUGUGAGAGGACUGACCUGCGGAUGGCCAUAGUGGCAGAUCACCUGGGUCUGAGCUGGACUGAGCUUGCCAGGGAAAUGGAUUUCUCUGUAGAUGAGAUCAAUCACAUCCGCGUGGAUAACCCCAACUCUCUGACCGCUCAGAGUUUCAUGCUUUUAAAGAAAUGGGUUAGCAGAGAUGGUAAAAAUGCCACAACGGAUUCCCUUACAGAGGUCCUGACUAAGAUCAAUCGGAUGGAUAUUGUGACAUUGCUGGAAGGGCCAAUAUUUGACUAUGGUAACAUUUCAGGCACAAGAUGUUUUGCUGAUGAUAACGCAGUUUUCCUGGAUCAGUGUGAUGGUUCCAGCAGCAUCCAGCUAGAGCUUCAGACCCCCACAGGUUUGAUCUCUCAGCCCCCCACCCCGCUAAGCAGCGACCCUUUCUUUGAUGAGGACGCUGGCCUAGACUCCCCCUCUAGAACGCCCACUAGACCAUGUGACUUGUCACUCACCCAGACCACCAGGACCCCAGGCCCCGCCCCCCAUGCUCAACCCCCCACAAUGGUGGUAGAGGAAGACACCUCUGGACCUCUAGACUCCCGGGGCGCCGGGGAGGGCACCGGGGAAGGAGGGGGCCCUAAAGUGACCUCCACUGAAGAUGACACAGGGGUUAGCAGAGAGUCAGUGGCCUCAUACAAGCCCCAUGACAGGGAGGCAGGGGUGAGAGAGGAGGCUGAGCAGGAUGUUGACAUGGGGAUGCUGAUACAUCAGAUUGAUCUUCCUCAGGGGGUGGUCAGGGAGGAUGAGUGGCUGGCUGGAGCCAGAGGAGACCCAUCAGAGGCCCUGGGCUUUAGGCCUGCCCUGUGGGGAGAGGGUGGUGUGUCUGGUUCUCCAGGGGAAGAGAAAGAGGAGGGGGAGAUGACUGAGGAGAAGUUAAAGUCUCUGUUGGAGGAGAUGGCGCUGGAGGAAGGCUCGGAGGACGAGGAGAUGACGGAGGACAGGAUAAACGCCAUCUUGUCUCGAGUGCAGCAGGCAGACAAAGAUGUGAUGUCAUCACCUGCAGGUUGGCAUAGUGAGACGUCCAGCGUGAAGGUGGAGCCCCCGACACCUGGCUGCAGUCUGAGUGCUGAGGGCAACGACUUCCAGGACACCAGCCCUGUGAAUUCCCUGGACUCCCUGACGACAUCACCUGUCCGACCAGCAGAGAAAUCCAAUGGAGACCACGCUGACUUCCUGUCCCAGCCCAGGUCACUUCCUGAGGCCCAGGGUUCGUCCAACGGGGUGAAGGGUCAUGGCCAGGUCGAGGACGAGGGAAGGGCGUCAGCGUCACAAGGAGGGCAGGAGGAGGGAAGCAGAAGGACUCUGGGAGAGGACAGCACAGCAGGACCAAGCAGCAAGGAGCAGCAGCAGCAGGAGGGAGGAGUUCAGGGGUCACAGCACAAAGUCCAGGAGGGUGGUAGAGAUAAGGAGACCAGCUCUGAUGAGGAACGGACUGUCACCACCAAGGUGUACCGACGGAGGGUCAUUCUGAAGGGAGAACAGGCCAGAAACAUCCCAAUGCAGUCAGUGACAGAAGAGCAGUUCACAGACGAGGAUGGAAACAUUGUCACCCGAAAAGUCAUCAGGAAAGUAGUACGUCGUAUUGCUGCCACGGCAACUACUUUUACUGCUGCUACUACCGCUACUACAGAGGAGGUGAAAGCAGGAGGAGCGGUAGGAGGAGCAGGAGGAGAAGCAGGAGGAGGAGGCAGGAAGGAAAAACAGGGCAGGAAGAGAAACAAGCGCUCCCGGGGAGGCCCUAAGGCAGAGCAGGAGAGCUCUAAGGGUCAGAGGGGAAAGACUGAGUCUGGACAAGGGUCAGGGUCGAAGGUGAAAAAGAAGCAAGUGGAAAAGGAUCAUUGAUAACAGUCGUGUGCUCAACCUGGUUUGUUGAUGUUUCAUGACUUCCUGGAAGGGAGAUGACUGGAACCUUGAAGCAGGAGAACAGCCAAUCAGAACGUGUGUCUGCAGCUUUCACGUUAACGCAUGGUUUUACAGCAAGACCACUUUAUUUGAUUUCGCAUGAGCAUGAAAAACUUACUUUUCUGUCCGCAACCUGGGCUCCAGUCAUGACCUGUUGUUACCACGGUGACAGGAGAACAGGGGUGUGGUCUGCUCCAUCGUGGCGUCAGGACAACAGUAGCCACGCCUCCAAGCAUCUCUCGGACCAAUGAGGCACAACGGGACAUUUGAUUGACAGAUUAGAGGAACACUUGGAGUCACCCUCUACAAGCCUUAUAUGUUCUGUCCUGUAGCCACACCACUGGGGCGGGUGUAUGAUGUGGUUGUGAUUUUUAAUCGGGUGGUUUGGUUGUAUAUAAAUGACACGGUAAAAACUGCUGAAGUUUAGUCACUGAUAGAAUGUUUUCUGCACUGGUAGGACAGCUUGGCAAAGCAUUGGAAUAUUGAUUCCACCUUUAUUAAAACGCUUGGGUGUUACUGCACAUGUCUAAUUAUCAGCGGGAAAAUGUUUGUAAAAUCAAAAUGGUAGCUUGAUUUGAACCUAACUCCACUGCAACUCUCAAACAUCACUUCUGUGAACAUAUUUCCUCAGAGGACUAAUAUUUUGAUGCAUGAGAUUCACCUGGUUUGACUUAGUUUUCCUCAUUUGCGAACGUUGUAUUAUGAAAUAAGGUGUUAGUUCUAUCAGUGUCUGUCUGCUCAGAAACAUGAACAGCCACCUGGGGGACAGCAGGACAGAGAGGGGAACUUCAUUCUGAUGCUUUAUGAGGGCUCACUGUGUAGCAUGGAAUAAUACUAUUAAAGACAAGGAGAUAUGAGAGCUCCCAAUUUAUAAUGUAGACUGACACAUUGGAAAGGGUUAGAGAGCUCCCAAUAUAUAAUGUAGACUGACACAUUGGAAAGGGUUAGAGAGCUCCCAAUAUAUAAUGUAGACUGACACAUUGGAAAUGGUAAGAGAGCUCCCAAUAUAUAAUGUAGACUGACACAUUGGAAAUGGUUAGAGAGCUCCCAAUAUAUAAUGUAGACUGACACAUUGGAAAGGGUUAGAGAGCUCCCAAUUUAUAAUGUAGACUGACACAUUGGAAAGGGUUAGAGAGCUCCCAAUUUAUAAUGUAGACUGACACAUUGGGAAUGGUUAGAGAGCUCCCAAUAUAUAAUGUAGACUGACACAUUGGGAAAGGGUUAGAGAGCUCCCAAUAUAUAACGUAGACUGGCACAUUGGAAAGGGUUAGAGAGCUCCCAAUAUAUAAUGUAGACUGGCACAUUGGGAAGGGUUAGAGAGCUCCCAAUAUAUAAUGUAGACUGGCACAUUGGGAAGGGUUAGAGAGCUCCCAAUAUAUAACGUAGACUGGCACAUUGGAAAGGGUUAGAGAGCUCCCAAUAUAUAAUGUAGACUGGCACAUUGGGAAGGGUUAGAGAGCUCCCAAUAUAUAACGUAGACUGGCACAUUGGAAAGGGUUAACAGUUGUCAUGUGUAUUGGCUCUAAACCAAUCAUUGGUCAUUGUUUUAGCAGUAUAAUGUUAUGUUUUAAGCCUGCUGUGGUUUAAAGGGGCAUUUUUUCUCUGGGUUUUGUUGCCAUAUUUCCUUCCGUUGUAUCAUAUGAGACGACCUAACGCAUCGCCUGGUGAUCUGGUAACACAUGUAUGACAACCAACAUGGAUGAUCCAAUUCAUUAUUUAAGCAGAAAUAAAUUGUGAUUAAACUGAAA